AUGUAUAACUUGAGUUGUUAUAACCCCAGUUCCUUUACCUUUGUUGGAAUACCUGGCCUGGAGAAGUUCCACAUAUGGAUUGGGAUUCCCUUUUGUGUCAUCUAUGCUGUGGCUGUUGUGGGCAAUUGCAUCCUUCUCUACCUCAUUGCAGUUGAACACAGCCUUCGUGAGCCCAUGUUUUUCUUCCUCUCUAUGCUGGCCACCACAGACCUCAUCUUGUCCACUGCCACAGUGCCCAAACUGCUCAGUAACUUCUGGAUUGGCUCCCAAGAAAUAACCUUUUCUGGUUGUCUAACUCAAAUGUUCUUCCUCCACUUCAGCUUUGUGGUGGACUCAGCCAUCCUGCUGGCCAUGGCAUUUGAUCGCUAUGUGGCCAUCUGCUUCCCCUUGAGAUAUACCAAAAUCCUGACUCCGCAAGUGAUCAUCAAGCUUAUGGUGAGCAUUGUUGUGAGAAGCUUCUCCAUCAUCCUACCAGAUGUUUCUCUGCUAAAACGGUUACCCUUUUGCAGGACACAUAUCAUCCCUCACACCUACUGUGAGCACAUAGGUGUUGCUCAGCUUUCAUCUGCAGACAUCUCCAUCAACAUCUGGUAUGGGUUUGCUGUACCUCUCAUGACUGUCAUCUCAGAUGUGAUCUUCAUUGCUGUUUCCUAUGCCUUCAUCCUUUGUGCUGUAUUCCAACUCUCAUCCCAGGGUGCCCGCCAAAAAGCCCUCAGCACCUGUGGUUCCCAUGUCUGUGUCAUCCUCAUGUUUUACACCCCGGCCUUCUUCUCCAUCCUUGCUCAUCGCUUUGGGCACAGUGUUCCUCAAAAUGUGCUUAUCCUGUUUGCCAACCUCUAUGUGGCCAUCCCUCCUGCUCUAAAUCCUAUUGUUUAUGGAGUGAAGACAAAGCAGACACAGGACAAAUUUAUUCUCCUCUUCUCUUUGAAGAAGUCACAAUGA